AUGGCCGACUCUGACGGUGAAUACGUUGGCGACCUCUCGGAUGACGAACUCGGCGAUCCUCGCGUGGCCUCUGCUGCGGACGGCAGCUCCUAUGGUACUCGAUCCAAGGCAGGCCGCGGUAAUGGAAAGGGAGGCGAUGGCCGUAAGGGGGGCCGUUCCAAGGCGGCUUGGGAAGACAUCAAGCGGUCGUGGGAGCAUGUGGUCGAGACCGAGGAUGGGAGCAUCACAGUCGGGGCGCUCCUCGAAGCCGAGAAGCGGCGCCGGCUCAUGCGCGACACGACUCCGUUUCAGCGUGGCAUCAUCCGACAUGUGAUGCUUGUGCUCGAUAUGAGCUUCGCCAUGGCCGAAAAGGACCUGCUACCGAACCGGUACCUGUUGACGCUCAAUUAUGCCGUCGACUUUGUGCGGGAGUAUUUUGAGCAAAAUCCUAUUAGCCAACUGGGCAUUGUGGGCAUGCGUGAUGGUAUCGCUGUCAGGAUCAGCGACAUGGGCGGGAACCCUGCGGAGCACAUCGAGAAGCUGCGGGUAUGGGCUGAGCAACAGGAACCGCAGGGCAAUCCAAGUCUGCAAAACGCCCUGGAGAUGUGCCGAGGCGCAUUAUUCCAUACCCCCUCUCACGGCACGCGCGAAAUCCUCAUAAUAUACGGUGCGCUGCUGUCCAGCGACCCCGGCGAUAUCCAUGACACCAUCACCAAUCUCCUCGCCGACCGCAUCCGCGUAUCCAUCGUAGGCCUCGCCGCGCAGGUAGCUAUUUGCGAACAACUCUGCAGCCGCACCAAUGGCGGCGACCCCUCCAACUACGCCGUCGCCUUACACGAGCAACACUUCCGCGAGCUCUUCCUCGCCGCCACUACACCGCCAGUGUGCCGCCUGCCGGCCGAGUGCCCCGUGUGCGCCCUGACCCUCGUGCUCAGCACCCACCUGGCCCGCUCCUACCACCACCUGUUCCCCCUGCGCGGCUGGGCCGCCGUCUCGUGGGCCGACGCCCGCGCCCGCGGGUCCAGCGCCUGCUUUGCGUGCCUGGCCGCGUUUCCCGCCGUGCCGCCGUCGGGGCAGAUCCAGACCCAGACGCAGGUGCAGGCGAAUGGGAAUGGGAAUGGGAAUGGCAGGGAUACGGAUAGGGAUAAGGGGAGAGAUGCGGCUGAGGUGAAAGCCGCCGCCGGGGUUAGCGAGAGCGGCCGGUACGCGUGCACCGUGUGCAACAACCACUUCUGCAUCGACUGUGACGUCUUUGCCCACGAGGUCAUACAUAACUGCCCGGGGUGUCAGAGCGACACCCGCGGAACGGAGGGGCUACAAGCGGCGGAUGGUAGUAGUGGCGGGGAAGUGGUGAAUGGAAAUGGCCAGGCUUUAGGGAAUGGCGCGAGUGAGGCUAUGGUUCUAGAUCCGUAG